GAACUGCCACUGAACCUUCACUUCAUAACACUUCAUAACCGGCUCUGCCUGACGAUAUUUUACUGCUGUUUAAGUUAAGAGGAGACUCAAGACAACACUGCACACUCCGGAUGAAGGAGAGCGGAUUUACACUGUAAACAUCUGGAAAGGAAAUGUCCGCUUGGGUUUGCACGACAUGGACUUUCUGACAGUUUGCGCCUCGGCUUUAAUCGCGUUUUUCCGUGUGUUUGAUGAAGAGUAAGAGAUCCUUCAAGAAUGGAAGGUUCUUAUCAUGGGAAUUAUGAUUCUCUAAAUGAUACCAACUGCUACAGUUUCAAAUACUUAGCAUACACUAUCACUUACACCACAAUGGUUCCAUUUGGCCUUUUCAGUAAUUUGGCUGCUCUGUUUGUGUUCUUAAGGGAGACAACUAAGAAGUCAGCCAGCACUGUGUUCAUGACUAACCUGGCUAUUUCUGAUGUUUGCUUCUCCUUAACGUUGCCCUUUCGCCUGAUUUACUACUUUAGGGACUGUCACUGGGACUUUUGGGACUGGCUGUGUCGUUGGUGUGUGUACUCCUUCUAUGUGAACCUCUAUACCAGCGUGCUGUUUCUCACAGGCCUAAGCGUUCUGCGCUAUAUUGCCGUAGUGCACCCCAUUCGAAAUAAGAGCCUGGUGACAAUACGGCGGGCCAGUCUGGCAUGUUUUUGCAUCUGGGUGUUCGUAGCAGUCAUGUCCAUUCCUUUCCUGAUGUCAGGGGCUCAGCAGGCUAACAAUAAAACAAGCUGUUUUGAAAUAAAAAACCACACAGACUGGAAACGUGUGGAAAAACUCAAUUAUGUGGGCCUGGUCUUUGGCUUCCUGAUCCCAUUUUUCACCAUCCUGGGCUGCUAUGGUUGCAUCAUCCAAAGACUGUUUGCCAAUCGGAAGAUACAGAGUCGAAGGAAAAAGCAGAGCCAGCGCUGGCGAACGUUGUCCCUAAUCAUUGUGAUCCUCAGCACCUUCCUGCUUUGCUUUGCACCGUACCACAUAGUACGAACACUUCAUCUCCGGGCCGCUGUAACAAAUAAUGAAGACCAGGAGAAAAAACUGCUCAAGAUAUUGGUCAUCACUUUGUGCAUGGCUGCAGCCAACAGCUGUCUGAACCCAUUACUAUACUAUUUUGCUGGAGAGAGCUUCCGAACCUCCUUCAGCAGGGCCUCACGGCGCAUGACAGUCAGCUCUUUAAGUGAUAGUAUACGUCUGUCACGAUAUUCAUGGAGCCUGAGGAACCCAUCAGGAAACCAGAAGAAGAAGAGUCAGUCCAUAGACACUGUCCUGCAGCCAGAAGAAAAGCUGGACCUCCAGAGGCAGUAAAGAGAAAUAUAAAUGACUGACUAUAUUUUAUUGUCUAAUCCCCCACCAAAAAACCUGUGACAACCCAUGAUCAGAUUCUCUCUACAUCUAUGGAUCAGACAUCUAGACAUAUAAGAAUAACACUGCAGUGCAAUUUACACUUUUCAGAAGUUUUUCUCUUUAGAAAAAAAAAACUGCCAAGACUCAUGACAAUCUUUAAAGAGUGUCUGACGUCACAUUGUUGACUGAUUACAUGACUUUCAGUCAAAUAACAGUCAAAAACAGUGGCUUUAAAGAUGCUGCCAAAUGCCAGAGCAACCAGUUAAUGAAGAAUUUUCUCUAUUUAUUUUAUAGUAAAUAGCAGCAUAAAUGAGAUUUCCAGUUCUGGGCAACUUCUAAGUAAAAAUGCAAGGUCUAUCUUACUAAGCAUUAAUUCUACUGCUGUAUUUGUUUGUUGAAAUCUAUUUCCAUCUGUUUUCCAUCACUAUAUUAACAUACAUGUACAACAGUCAUUUAUUUAUUUAUUUAUUGUUUAUUUUGUUCCUGGAUAAAGGUUUCUAAUAUGGCUGAUAUACUUAAUUGUAUGCGAACCAUAAAUUAUUUAAGUAAAUGCCAAAAGAUUCAUAAAUGUCAGAGUUUUACAUUGGAAAUGUUCUAGAAAGACAAAGGUUUCAAAGGACAAAGAUUUCACAAAAAUGUGCCAGACUAGUCUAGAUCUUUGCAUUGUCAGGAACUAACUGAAAAUCCAGAAUUGCCAUUACACAGCAACGUCUCCUCAAUUGAGUUUGAGAUUAUGUGAUUAUAUAAUUGUACAAAGAUAAUUCAGUAAAUUACAUGACUCAUGAUAACAACUGGUGGCAGCUUCAUAGCAACAGUGUGUAUCAUGUACUUUUUUUUGUAAAUAAUUUUGCAUAUGACACUGAUCCAUUGACUCCCAUUCCACUCAUUAUUAUUAUUAUUAUUAUUAUUAUUAUUAUUAUUAUUAUUAUUAUUAUUAUUAUUAUUAUUAUAGCAAAAGCCUAUCCCCUAUAAGCAUUAGGGUUGUAUCAGUAUAAAAAUUUGAAAUUCAUUACAGUACAAUAUGGUGGUGUCUUUAUACAGUACAUUAUUUCAAUACAGGAUAUGUCCUGUAUGUUUCCCUUUUCAGUUGAUUAAUAUUUUGGAACUGCAUAUUAUUCUGCAAAUAUUCUGACUGCACAAAUAGCUGAAACUAUCCCCCGAAAAUCAGAGUAAUGGAAAAUAAAGUGAUAUUUUUUUGUGUGUAAGAAUGUGCAGCAUUGGAAAAAUCAGUGAGAGAUAUUUCUGUUUUUUUUUUUUUUUUUGUAAGUUAACCCAGUGUGCUAUAAAAUCGCAGCAACCCUGUUGGCGUGACUCUGUAUGCUGAAGCACAGGGUGGAUUCAGCAUGAGUUUUGCUGUAAAGCCACACCCUCUCAUUAAAAUAUUUUUAAGAUUAUAACUGCUAGAACAUGUACUGUUUUAAAUGUAUAAAUGAAGUUUUGGGAACUAAUCUUCAUUGUUAUGGUAGAAUUAAAAAUAUCAACUGCUUUACUGGCAUGUUAACUGCACAGGUGAUGAUGUACCUUUGUCAAAAAAAACAAACAAAAAAAAACCUUGGAAACUUUGUGUACUACACUGAAGUAUCUGAAGUACACCACAGUUACCAUAUGUCUCACAUGGUCAAAUGUUGACAUUUUGUACUAUGUAGUUCUGAAAAGAGGAACAUUACAGAGAAUUAAUCAGGAGGAACUUCAUCAUGCAGCAAGACAAUGAGCCAAAACACACUGCCAACACAACAAAAGGACUUUAUCAAGGGAAAAAAGUGGAAGGUUUUAGACAAUCAACAGCCCUCAGCCUUAACUCAACUCAGCAUGCAUUCCAUGUCCUGAAAUAGAGACUGAAGGAAGAAACAAAAACUAAAAGAGUUUGUAAUAAAAGCCUGGAAAAGCCUCACAAAAGAAGAAACCAACAAUCUGUUGAUGUUAGUGAGUCACAGGCCUGAUUCAAGCAAUAAAUAUGCAACCAAAUAUUAUGUGUUUAUUUAUUUUCAUUUACUUCAAAACUUGUCUGUUCCUGUACUAUUGCUCCCUGAAAAAUAGGUUGGUCUGAUACAGAUUGUUCCAUGUUUUAUUUUUAACACAUCUGGAUGUAAAUACCAGGCAAUAAAAAUAAAUAAAUAAAUCGUAACCAGCCAUAUCCAUCUUUUAAUCUCAAACCCAAAUGUCUAUGGUGCAUAGCCAACACAAAUUAAUUGGCUGUAUCCAAUCAGUUACAUAACAUCAUGCAAACAAUGGUCAAGUGUUUCACUUAAUGUUCACAUCAAACAUAAGAAUGAGGAAAAGUGUGAUCUGUGACUUUAAUGGUAACAUGAGACCAGGUGGACUGGAAUUUCAUAAACUACUGAUCUCCUGGGAAUUUCCCACACCUUUGGUCUAUAAGAGUCCACCAGUGUCUUGAUUUGGCUUGAUUUGACUUUAUUCCACUCUUACUUAAAAAACACUCCAAAUUUAUCAAACUGUAAGGUGCACAGCCCUCUCUAAGUCAGGCUUUUGAUAGGGUUUAAGUCUGGGGUCUUACUCAGCCAUUCUGAAUCUUUAAUAAUAUGUGUUCAUAUCUAUGCCUUUCUGCUUUGGGUUGUUAUCUUCAUGCAACUUCACCUUGCUAACAGAGACCUGCAGAUUUUGUACCAAAAUCUGUAGCUAUCCAUAAUUCCCAACUUGAGUAAAGCAGCUGAACACAAGCAAGCCCACAGAAAGAUUUAAGAUAAUGGA